UUCCCAGAAACAAAGUGCGUUAAAACUCUAAACCCCAAAUCAAGUGCGUUACUACCACCAACACUCACCGUUUUCACGAACCGGCGAUUUUCUUCACACACUGUAGCACCAUUUCCCCUUCAACUCUCUCACUCUCUGUUCCUUCACCACAGAGAUCGCAGCAUAGAACGAAGAAACCCUGCUACUACGAGCUAGCUAGGGUUUCAUUUCACUCAAUUCUCGCUAUGAAAUGCUGAUCCAUCAAUUCUAAAUCACCCAAUUCAACCCAACGAACCAAUCGUCGAGUAGAGCAAUCUGGUGAGGUCAAUUCCACGAGAGAUCAUAUGAAACCAUCGUUGUCAACCAAGGUUCUUCUUCUGCUCUCCCUUGUUCUCUACACCUGCUCCUCCUUCGUUGUUCUCGCUGAGGAUUCGAAGAAGAAUGCGUUCCGGGAGCGCGAAGCCUCCGACGACACCCUUGGAUACCCGGAAAUUGAUGAGGAUGCUCUGGUGAAUUCGAAGUGCCCGAAGAAUUUGGAGCUGAGAUGGCAGACUGAAGUUAGUUCCAGCAUCUAUGCAAACCCCUUGAUUGCUGAUAUUAACAAUGAUGGGAAGCUUGACAUUGUGGUUCCCUCGUUUGUUCACUACCUUGAAGUUCUAGAAGGAACCGAUGGCGACAAAAUGCCAGGCUGGCCUGCUUUUCACCAAUCAACUGUGCAUUCUAGUCCUCUUCUAUAUGACAUAGACAAAGAUGGGGUGAGAGAAAUAGCUUUAGCAACCUACAAUGGUGAAGUGCUUUUUUUCAGGGCUUCCGGCUAUAUGAUGUCAGAUAAGCUUGAGGUCCCACGCAGAAGAGUGCCCAAAAAUUGGUAUGUGGGUUUGAACCCUGACCCAGUGGACCGUUCCCAUCCAGAUGUUCAUGACGAUCAACUUGUCCAAGAAGCUACUAUCGCGAAUUCUGUGUCUCAUAUAAAUGGAAGCAGACACGAAGUCAACUCAUCAACUGCCACAUCAACAGAAAGUCAUCCUGGCACACAAAAUGUGUCUAAUCCAGAGCCUGAAAAGAAAAUAAAUGGAAGUCAAGUAGAGGAGAGUAUUAAGAUGCCGAUAAUUGCUGAUAAUUCCUCUGUAAAUUCUGGGUCUACGGAAACUGUUAAUGCAGAUAAUAAAACCGCCACUGGGAGACGUCUGCUGGAAGAUAACUCUAAAGGAGCAGAAAAAAGUGGUUCUGAAUCCAAAGGUAAGGAGGGUGUUCAUGCUGCAACUGUGGAAAAUGAUGAAAGCCUGGAAGCAGAUGCUGAUUCAUCUUUUGAGUUAUUCCGCGAGAGCGAUGAGCUGGCUGAUGAGUAUAGCUAUGAUUACGACGAUUAUGUAAACGAAACAAUGUGGGGUGAUGAAGAGUGGACUGAAGUUAAUCAUGAAAAAUUAGAGGAUUAUGUCAAUGUUGACUCACACAUCUUGUGCACUCCUGUCAUUGCAGAUAUUGACAAUGAUGGUGUAUCAGAAAUGAUUGUUGCUGUUUCUUAUUUCUUUGACCAUGAGUAUUAUGACAACCAGGAGCAUAGGAAAGAACUGGGUGAUAUUGACAUUGGGAAAUAUGUUGCUGGUGGUAUUGUUGUUUUCGAUCUGGAUACAAAACAAGUGAAGUGGACUGCAGAACUUGAUCUGAGCACAGAUACUUCAAACUUCCGAGCCUACAUAUACUCUUCUCCAUCUGUUGUAGAUUUGGAUGGUGAUGGGAAUCUGGACAUUCUUGUUGGAACUUCUUAUGGUCUGUUCUAUGUGUUGGAUCAUCAUGGUAAGGUUAGAGAAAAGUUUCCUCUUGAAAUGGCUGAGAUUCAAGGAGCUGUUAUUGCAGCGGAUGUUAAUGACGAUGGGAAAAUUGAGCUAGUUUCUGCUGAUACACAUGGAAACGUUGCUGUAUGGACACCCAAAGGAGAUUUGAUAUGGGAGAAACAUCUGAAGAGUCUUAUUCCACAGGGUCCAACUGUUGGUGAUGUUGACGGGGAUGGCCAUACUGAGCUUGUUGUGCCAACACUAUCUGGGAAGAUUCAUGUUCUUGAUGGUAGGGAUGGGUCAUCUAUUGGGCGGUAUCCAUACAUAACUCAUGGAAGAGUGAUGAAUCAAGUUCUUCUAGUUGAUUUAAGUAAGCCCAAGGAGAAAAAGAAGGGAUUGACUAUUGUUACCACAUCAUUUGAUGGUUAUUUGUACCUCAUUGAUGGACCAACUGGCUGUGCUGAUGUUGUUGACAUUGGUGAAACUUCAUAUAGCAUGGUCAUGGCAGACAAUGUAGAUGGUGGGGAUGAUCUUGAUCUAAUUGUCUCAACUAUGAAUGGCAAUGUCUUCUGCUUCUCAACUCCCUCUCCUCACCAUCCCCUCAAGACAUGGAAAAUGCCAACGCAAGGAAGAAAUAAUGUUGCAAAUCGGUACAAUCGUGAAGGUAUCUAUAUUACUCAUCCCUCUAGGGCAUUCCGUGAUGAGGAAGGCAAGAGCUUUUGGGUAGAAAUAGAGAUUGUAGACAAUUACCGAUACCCAUCUGGGCAUCAAGGGCCAUACCAUGUCACUAUAACCUUGCUAGUACCUGGUAACUACCAAGGAGAGAGAACAAUAAAGCAGAAUCAGACCUAUUAUCAACCUGGUAAACAUCGAAUCAAGCUGCCAACUGUGGGAGUAAGGACCAGUGGAACGGUUUUGGUUGAGAUGGUUGACAAGAAUGGAUUGUAUUUCUAUGAUGACUUUUCCCUCACAUUUCAUAUGCACUACUACAAACUCUUGAAGUGGCUUCUUGUUCUUCCAAUGCUUGGGAUGUUUGGCAUGCUUGUCAUCCUUCGCCCACAAGAGUCAAUGCCAUUGCCAUCAUUUUCAAGGAACACUGAUUAGUGAUGAUUAUUCUGUUUCAUGCUCUAGGCACCGCUGUUGGAAAAUUAAUUUUUUUGACAAAUUGAGUGGAAUCCGCUAUUUGGUAGCCUUGGUGGGUGUGUGUGUGUGUGGGGGGGGCUUUGAUCACGUAGUUAAAGCAGAUUUUAUUAGAGGCAUUUGUUCAGCUUGGUUCGGAGAUAUGGGAUGAUUGCAUUGCAGUGGAUGAGAUCUGGAUAUUUGGUUUUGCCCUUAAUCUUGUAGUGUAAUGUAAACUAUUUCUUUGGCGUCUUCAUAACCGAAUAGAUAUUUAUAAAUAAUAUACAGUUUUCUGCGUUUUUA